UCGCAGCGCGAGGGGGGCUUAUCGCGUCGUAUCGUAGCGGCGCGCGCGGGAUUGUGGGACGGCGGCGGCCUAGUGUUGACGUGCAGGCGGGGGGCGGUGUGUUCACGGAACUGACAAGCCAUGGGGCAGGAGGAUAUCAUGAGCACGGCGGAGGAUGUCGCGGAUCAGUUCCUCAGAGUGACGAAACAGUACCUGCCUCACCUGGCGCGCCUGUGUCUCAUCAGCACCUUCCUGGAGGACGGCAUCCGCAUGUGGUUCCAGUGGUACGAGCAGAGAGACUACAUCGAGGCCACCUGGAGCUGCGGCUACUUCCUGGCCACCUGCUUUGUGCUGCUUAACCUUUUAGGACAGCUGGGUGGCUGUGUCCUUGUUCUCAGUAGAAAUUUUGUACAGUAUGCUUGCUUUGGAUUAUUUGGCAUUAUCGCGCUACAGACUGUUGCCUACAGUAUCCUAUGGGAUCUAAAGUUUUUGAUGAGGAACAUGGCUCUGGGAGGCGGGCUGCUGCUACUCUUGGCCGAGUCACGCUCGGAGGGCAAGAGCAUGUUCGCCGGUGUGCCUACGAUGGGCGAGAGCUCCCCCAAGCAGUACAUGCAGCUGGGUGGCCGCGUGCUCCUCGUUCUCAUGUUCAUGACCCUGCUGCACUUCGACUCCAGCUUCUUCUCGAUCCUACAGAACAUGGUGGGCACAGCCCUCAUCGUCCUGGUGGCCAUCGGCUUCAAGACCAAGCUGGCGGCUCUCACCUUGGUGGUGUGGCUCAUGGCCAUCAACGUCUACUUCAACGCCUUCUGGACGGUGCCUGCCUACAAGCCCAUGCACGACUUCCUCAAGUACGAUUUCUUCCAGACCACGUCGGUCGUCGGCGGCCUGCUGCUAGUGGUGGCUCUCGGUCCCGGGGGCGUGUCCAUGGACGAGAAGAAAAAAGAGUGGUAAAACCAGAUUCCGUCUCCUCACACAGGAACAAAACGAAUCCACUGCCCAGGACACAAGGACCCGCAAAUCUUAAAACAACCCAGUACAACUCGGCGCCACCUCCAUUCUCCUCCUCCUCUUCUUCUUCUUCUUCAGCUGCCCUUUUUUUGUUUUGUUUUUCAUUUUUCACACUUGUUUUUACAAAUUCACACUGGCAGAAACAUGAUUUUUUUUUUUUUUUUAAAGUCACCUGAUCAUAUCCUACUGUAAAAGAAAUCAGCCUGAAUGACAAGAAACUGUCUGAGUUUAUGUUUCCUUCUUUCCCUCUGUCGCUGCUGACCAGGAUGCUGUCUGUCUUUAAAGCAUUAUAAACGUGUUCCUGUUGGGAUGCUUCACCUCUCACGUGCGUUGCUAAACGGUUGUUUGUUUUUAAAACACUUGAGAAAUAGCUGUGAAUCUGUCCGCAUAUAGACUCUGUGAAACGACAGUAAUCUAGCGCUCUAACCGAACGACGUUUUCGAAUGCGACUAAUGAAAAGGCGUCACGAAUCGUUCGUGGCGCGUCUGUCGACGCUUCUUUCACCCUCGAAUCAAGCCACGUGUCAACGCGAACAGCCCUUGCGUUUAGGGUGCGCGGGAGUCUUCUGUAACGCUGGUCGUGGUUCAGACUGGGGGCGGGGAUUUGUCACGUAUAAACCUCCCUACAGAAUAGAAAGGCGAAACUUCUGACCGCUCUGUUUUCGCACUAGUGGGACUGUGUGCUGUCUGAACCUUAGCUUCGGAUCCAGACGGUAGGCAGACUUGCAGAUUAUACAAACAAACAAAUAAAAAAAAAACAACAACACUAUUUUACACAUCUGCGCAGGUGGAAUAGGUCAGAAGAAGGUCUGUUCUGUCACCAGAGCUUCAUCUUGAUCUGUGUUUUUUUUUUGCUGUCGUUAAAAUAACAUGUCGAUUUACCGGAGUUUAUAAUGUAUUUUUUUGAUUUUUUUUUCUUCAUGUUUUCAGGCGGAGAGAAAAAUAAAAGCAAAAAAAUUA